CCUGUCUGGAAUGUGCACGUUGUAUUCCAGCCUUGCCAGAGCAUUUCUGAGGCCCAGAGACAGUCCCUGAGGGAGCUCUGCCACCUCCCAGCUGAGAACAAUAAUGUCAUUGUUCUUGUCAGUUUCCGUGAUCCUGAGAAAGAUGGAUCCAAGAAUCAUGGACGUAAUUGCGUAACUGGACAUGCACGUUUUCAGGAUACUAAGGAGCUGACUCCUGAAACCUCUGUUCCUAUCCCAAGAAGGGGAAGCAAGGAAGGUGCUGGAGUGGAGGAGGAAGGCAGAACUCAGUGUCCGAGUGGGAAUGCUGCACUAAAGCAUCCAGGGCAGCAUCCUGCAGCUCCUGCAGAGCAGGGAAUGUGCCCCCCCUCAGCACUGGCUCAGCCUCUCCAAGGAGACAGAAAUGCAGCCAAAGGUUUGGUUGCACAGGAGGAUGUUCCCCUGCAGACAGGGACACGCCUGCCCAGGAGGAGGCUGCAGCCUCCUCACCACCAGCGGGACCAGGAACUUGCUCUGGAGAUCGUGGCCAAAGACAGGUCUCUGGUGGACAUUCUCAUGCCUCAUCCUGACAGAAAAACUGCUUUGGACCUGAUGGAGGGUUUGUUUCCUGUUAACAUUUCCAUGCUGGAUAAAUCACACAGGAAAAAGGGACACGUGCAGCAUGUGCAGGAGAAUGAGAAAAGCCAUGGAGAUGGCCCAGAAGAAUAUCCUGAAUCUGAACAUGAAGCCGAGAGAAGGAGCGAAGAAUCUACCUCUGAGGGACACCAAGUCCUGACCGGGAGCAGGGACAGCACAAAUGACCCCGAUGACAUCACAUCUAAGAAACUGGAGCUCAUGGCCAGCCUGCGGGCCAGGCUGCAGAGCCUGUGGGAGGAGCGGGAGCUGGUCCUGCAGGAAUCCCGGGAAUGCGCCGAGCGGGGCCAGGGGCUGCAGGACACGGUGCGGGACCUGUGCAAGCCCAACGAGUUCGAGCGCUACCUGAUGUUCAUCGGGGACCUGGAGAAGGUCGUGAGCCUCCUGCUGUGCCUGUCCAGCCGCCUGGCCCGCGUCCAGAACGCCAUGAGCAGGAUGGACGGCAGCACGGACGCCGAGGAGAGGCACUCGCUGAGCCAGCGGCACAAGCUCCUGUCUCGGCAGCGGGAGGACGCAAAGGACCUGAAGGAGAACCUGGAUCGCAGGGAACGGGUGGUCUCUGGAAUCCUGGCCAAGUACCUGACGGAGCAGCAGCUCCAGGACUAUCGACACUUUGUUCAAGCCAAGACCUCCUUGUUGAUCGAACAGAAGGACCUCGAAGAGCAGAUUAAGUUUUUCGAAGAACAAUUAGAAACUCUUGAGCAAAGUCUCCCCCUCUAACGCCCGCCCCAGACCCUGGUGUUGGUGACCUGGCCCUGGAAACCCACAGGCGCCCAUGGCUCAGGGCUCACGGGGUGAGUUCUUCCAACCCUGCUGGUGCCACAGCCCUGGCAGGUGCUCAGGUGCUCUGGGGAUGCUCCAGGCACACCGUGGACGUGUAUCCCACUUGGACAGGCCAGCUCACAGUGUCUCACAGUGGGCAGCAAACUGCCUUGGGGACAUGACUGAUAGGAUGUGUUGCUCCUAUUAACUUGGUGUGUGUAUUUACCCUUCUUGUUGUCUGUCCGUCUAUUCCCAGAUUGACACAAUCUCAAUAAAAGAACCGUACAAAUAUUUGCCUCCUGUGGGUGGGUUGA